AAUGUUUGUCGACUUAUGGUUAAAUUUCUGUUGUGCAAGAAGGCCGAAACAGGAAGCACAAGAUCAGCCUAUAAGCUUAAAGGAAGAUUCUAACAAACCAAUACUUGAUACAGGGUAAGCAUAUGUACCAUCACCUGUUGAGCAGAAAGCUCUACAGUCUACAUCUUAAGAGUUACGGCAGAAGAUAUAGGAAGCUUAAGAGAGGCGGCAGUAAUAGUAGUAACCGCAAUAGCAGAACCACUUCCAGAAUAUGAUAAAUAAGGGAGCAGUAAAAACAUCAAUUGAAAUGGAAGGUAUGUUGACAAUUAUUAUUAAGAGUGGAACCUGUUGAAGGAUUUCUCUCAUUAUCUGAUAAUAAAUCCAAUAAAAUGGCUAGCUGGGAAGCAUUAGAACUCUCAAGAUAAAAUGAUGUUUUAGGAUAACUAGCUCAGUUCUCAAUCUUAGCUAAAUCAGUUUCCUCUAAUAAUGGUCCAUAUUAAGGAAGUAAUCCAGGAAGUUAGCAGGGGUCUGAUUAAUAAAUAAUGUCUGGACCUUAUCCAUAGUAAGAUAUCAUUAAGAAAUCAUUAGGUAAAAUAUUCAAACUCUUGCUUAAACUACAUAAUUGGAUGUAAUAGAGGAGUACCCAAAAAAAUCAAUGAUAAAGUAAUAAUAAAUCUCUAUACAUUAUUAGAUCAUAAAGCUAAAUAUCGCUUGAAACCGGAAAAAUUGAGAAAAAACGAAUCCAAAAAGAUAAAAAACAACAAAAGGAUAAAGCAAAUAAAGGAUCAGCAAAUGAUAACUCUAUAAGAAAAGAAGUUAGUCAUGCAAAACUUUGGGAUAAGAAUGAAGAUGCUAUUUUAAGACAGGCCUACAUAAAUUUUAAUGGAAAUUGGAGAAAGAUAGCAGAAUAGUUGCCAGGAAGAAAUAUGAAUUAAUGUUCAUAAAGAUGGAGAAGAUUGAAUCCAUAAGAAGUAUAUCUUAUUAUUUAUAUUAAGAAUAAUAAGAAGAAAUGGACUUUUGAUGAUGAUUAAAAAAUUACUCAACUUGUCUAAAAAUACGAUAAAAAUUGGGCAGAAAUAGCAAAACAUCUACCAGGUAAAAGUGGAAAGCAAAUAAGAGAAAGAUAUCUCAAUAAAUUAGAUCCUUCAAUUAAUUCAUCUGCUUGGACUAAAGAAGAAGAUGAUAUUAUUUUGAAGGUUUAUAAAGAACAUGGUGCUAAGUGGAGUAUCGCUUCAAAAUAAUUGAAAGGAAGACCAGUAAGCAUAUAUUUUUAUUAAUCAGGAAAAUACUGUUAAAAACAGAUUUUACUCUUACAUUAGAAGAGUCUUUUUGGGUCAGUAGAACCCAUAUUCAGUCGUUUUAAAUAAUGGUGACGUUAAUGGACAUGAAAAUACAUUGUCCCAAGAUAGUGAAUCCAUUAAAUAAGCUUUAUCAAUGGACUAAACUCCUUCAGUAAUAAUUUUUAACAUAUUUAGUUCACUGCUUCUUCCUACUUAAGUUCUUUUAUGGAUGAUGACUAUAUGGAAGAUGAAGAUGAACCAAAUGAAUAAGAAGAUUAGUUUAAAAUUUGAUA